AUCAGCGGUGACGUUGACGGUUCAGGGGGUUUGUGCGCGAAGAUGCAGAUGUUGGCGGUUUGAGUAGAAACACAAAGGUAGUGAAAAGGUCCGCUCUUCAAGCCGAGCUGCACUUGACGGAUUUUAAAAGACAAUCUGCAAAAAUGGCAAAUUGUGACGACAUUCAAGUGAAGGAGCUGAACAAGCGUGCGUCGGGUCACGCGUUUGAGGUCAUCCUGAGCCCCUCGACCCCUGAUGCCAAGGCAGUGUUCCUGUUGUCCCCCAACAGGAAAAAGGAAACAUCUCUUGAUGAAAUUAAGAAGAAACUGGAAGCUGCAGAGGAAAGACGCAGGAGCCAAGAAGCUGAAUUUCUCAAACAUUUGGCUGAAAAACGAGAGCAUGAGAAGGAGGUCAUCCAGAAGGCCAUAGAAGAAAGCUGCAAUUUCAGCAAGCAGGCGCAAGAGAAACUCAAUCAGAAGAUGGAGGCGAACAAAGAGAACCGCACCGCCCGGAUGGCAGCUCUCAACGAGAAAUUCAAGGAGAAGGAUAAGAAGCUUCAGGAGGUGAGGAAGAACAAGGAGGCAAUAAAAGAAACUGAGGACUAACCCGUUCCUGCUCUUGGUUAACGGUUUUUGCAUGUCCAAAGGUACAAGCUAGCAAUCUGAAAACCUUCUAAGAUCUUAAUAAUGCUAGUUGUUUUUAGGCUGUAGACUGUUCUGGUUAGUUUUACAUGUGUUCUGAUUUUUAUUUUGCUCUGGAGUUGUGUUUGGCAGCUGAUUACAUUGUAUUUUUAUAAAGGUAGUUGCUUGUAAUAAUUUGGUUGUUAUACAUGACAAUGUAAAAAAAAAAAAAGACUUUUUCAGACUGUUGCUGUAUAUCCAAUGCUGAAUAUCUGAACUGAUGACAAUACAAGGGUUAAACCAACCAGACAUUUUAGUUUUUACAGGACUACCCACGUCUUUCAACUCACAAAGUCUGAAUGAAAUAUUAUUUUUGUAUUUUUAAUGUUUUUCCAUAACAGCUGAACAGGUUGUAAAAUCUUUAUGGAGCUGAAAACUGUUACACAACCGUUAAUAAACACGUUGACAAUA